CGUCAGAACGUGUCUAAUUAGUCUGAUUACUCGAGGUCCCCCACCAAUCCACUUAAGUGUAUUUAUUUUUCGGUUUUGCAGAAUUAACAAUAUUUUACCAAAAAUUGUAACUCGUGAAACUAUAGAGUCCGCCCCAUAUACUUAAAUGCUUUGUCCCUUAGAGAAGUGUGCUGGAAAUAAGUGGACACAAUUCAGUUUUCUCGCUCAAUUUUCCAUUUUUUUCAUAUGAAGUUCAACAUUUAAGUUUUCGUGGCUUCAAGCUUCCUAAAACACCAAAUGAACAAUAUCUACGGUUUUGGAAUUUUGCUAUUAACUCUAACUACCAGUUAUGUGGGAGCAGAGCCUAUUGGGAAAAUUCAGACUGAAAAAGCCCAUAAAUUAAAGCUACCACCCUGUAGGGCAUGUAAAAUAUUUGUGGACUCCUUUCACAAGGGAAUGGAAAGAACUGCGAAGUUCAAGUUCGAAGGGGGCGAUGCUGCCUGGGAAGAAAAAAAUUUGGGCAGUUAUGCAAACAGUGAAGUUAGAUUUGUGGAAGUCCAAGAGAAACUGUGCUCUGAAGUUGUCGAAGGAAAAGAUCAGUGCUACCAAUUAAUUGAGGAAUAUGAAGAGACUCUGGAAGCAUGGUGGAAAGACAAGCAAAAAGAAGAACCCGAUCUAGCAAAAUAUAUCUGCAUCGAUAAAUUUAAAGUUUGUUGUCCGGAGAAACACUUUGGGAAAGAUUGCACGCCUUGUCAAGGAUAUCCAGACCAAAUUUGCAACAAAAAUGGCAAAUGUAAAGGCUCAGGAACAAGGAAAGGGAACGGCAAGUGCCUUUGUGAUGCUGGUUAUUCAGGAGAUUACUGCGAUUCGUGUGCUGACGGCUUCUAUGAAUCUUACAAAGAUGAAAAUAAAAUACUCUGUUCCCCUUGCCACCCUUCAUGUGACGGCAAAUGUUCCAAAGAAGGCCCAACUGGCUGCAAAUCUUGUAAAAAUGGAUAUUUAUCAAGUAAAGAUCGAGGUUGCACAGAUGUUAAUGAGUGUUUGAUGGGGCACAAGUGCAACCCAACUCAAUUCUGUGUUAAUUCAGCGGGAAGUUACAGUUGCUUGGAUUGUCACCCAUCUUGUGUUGGAUGCAGUGGAGAUAGUCCUGAGGAGUGUAUUGAAUGUGCACCUGGGUAUAGGAAGAUGGACACAAUAUGUGUUGAUGAAAAUGAAGAAGCAAGGAAGCAACAAAUUUCCUUUGCAAGAUAUCUCACUUAUUUUGGCUUGUGCGUUAGCACAUGCAUAAUUCUUCAAAAGAACGUGUCGAUAGCAGCUGUUUUAGGAGUUUGCGUUGGAAUUUAUAUCACAUUGUCUGAAUAUUUUGCUUUUUCAUCUGAUUUUCCGAAAGACGACUUGAAAGAGCAACUAUCUGGUAAACUCAAACAGGCCUUUGGGACCCAAUAGAACCCAAUAAUUUCUACAAUUGUGUUAAUAAUGGGAAGAUAUGCUUCUAUAUCCAGUGUGGGUUCCAGAAUGUAAUAUAAUUUUAUUUAUCUUACCGUAUGCCCUUUCUAAAAAAAAUUGUUUUGAAUGGAAUUAAAAAACUAGUUAAUUACGACUCCAGUCGCUUAAAAAUGUAUUCAAUACGUUUUAAACUUUGAGCGAUCUACAUGUACCUACUUGCAGUAAUAUUUGUUUAAUUUAUUGGUUUGUUCCCUGAUAAUGUGAUAUAUUGUGUAUUUUGUUGAAUAAAUAGUUGUUCUUA